AUGAAGGUUUUAAAAUAUGCGGGAAACACCUCAAAUCUGUAUGAUCAUUUACGUCGAAGGCAUACUGGAUUUUUACCAAACACAGCGUCUGAUUCUCAAGUUGAAGCCAUUGAAAACGAAAGACCAUCUUCUUCGGGGUCAAAUAAUGCAUCGUCAAUAAAUGCAAGUUUGAAUACUAUAAAUAGAAAUACCAUUGCUACUCCACAAAGGACUGAUUCGUCAGAUGGCACAGUUCAACCAAGAAAAAAAUGCUUGCAAACAAAAUUGGUCCUAGAAGAUAAACGACUUGCAACCACUAUCAAUAACCAAGGAUUUUUAGAAUAUUCCAAAAAAAUGCAGCCAUUAUACCAUGUCCCAAACCGAAAGCUUUUAUCGAAUACCAUGAUUCAAGAAAAAUUCGAUGAAGUUGUGCGAAAACAUAAAACAAUGUUCCAGACCAUUUCCAAUGCCGCAGUGACUACAGAUAUGUGGGCUUCGGAUAGCAAUAGAGCGUUUUUAAGCGUAACGUGCCACUUUAUUUUCAAAAAUAAAAUUUAUUCAGCAGUACUAGAAACAAAAGAAGUGCCAGAAAGGCACACUGCUGAAAAUAUUGGUAAUAUAUUGAUGAAUAUUUUGCAAGAAUGGUGCAUUUUAACGAAAGUUGUAACUAUAGUAAGUGACAACGGAGCAAACAUCAAAAAAACUAUAUGCGACGUCUUGAAAAAACCACACCAUCCAUGUAUUGCUCAUACAUUAAAUUUAUGCGUGACUGACGCUAUAAAAAACAAUCUAGACAUAUCCCUCAUGCUUUUAAAAUAAAGAGCAAUAGUUUCUCACUUCAGUCAUAGUACGUUAGCUACUGAAAAAUUGAAAAAUAUGCAAAGACAAAUGGGACUAACCCAACUUAAACUGAAUCAAGAUGUUUCAACAAGAUGGAACUCUUCACUAAUAAUGCAUUUCUUUCAAGAAAUCCUUACUCGAUGUUAUAAAACGACGGCUAGGGCAAAUGGAGGAAGAUAAAAACUGUGCGAAAGCAACGUUUUUAGCAGAGAUACCCAAAAGAGAUGAGAAACUUCUGACGUCAUACGGGUUU